AUGAAUUCGAACGAAUCAUUCCAAUAUCAAAACCUCGAUAUUAAACAUCUGACUAACCUCGAAGUCUCCCGGGAAUUCUACGAUAACCUACAGCCUAUCACAGCUCUAGACUUUGACGGCAAUGGUGAAUUUUGCGUUACUGCCUCAGCUGACGAGACCAUAAACCUAUAUAACUGUCAAAAUGGAAAGCAACCACGAGAAAUUUUCGGUCAGCAAGAAGUAUGGCGUACAUCUCACAAGGUUCACUCACUCAAGCGACGAAAUAGUUUACGCGUCCACAAAAGAAAAUGGCAGUCUCAUGGAAUGUUUUCGUUAAAUAAAUGGAUAGACACUUUGAGAUAUUUGUCAUUACGCGAUAAUCAAUUUAUAAGGACUGACAUAAUUUUCCACUGCGCGGGGUUCAAUCAUAGGGUAGUGGCUUUAGAAAUGUCACCUGUAGAUGAUCAAUUCAUGACGGGCAGCGUCAAUGAAGGGGUUAGAUUGUGGGACCUAAAACAACCUAAUGAUGUUGGAUUCAUAGAUCUAAAAUCGGAAAGACCUUGUGUGGGAUAUGAUCCGUCUGGACUCGUGUUUGCGAUUGCUAUUCAACAUCCCGAUAGAAUUAUACAAUUGUAUGACAGCCGUAAGUUCGACGAGUCACCUUUCUCGACUUUCAAAGUCGAAGAUAGUAACGCGAACCCUAUCGUAUCAAGUCCUCCAACAACCGCGAAACUCUCGGAAUGGACGGGAAUAAAGUUCAGCAAUGAUGGGCAAAAAAUACUGAUAACCACCUCGGGGGAUGCGCAUUAUAUAAUUGAUGCUUUUGAUGGCAAAAUAAAACAGAGAUUGGUCGGUCAUGUGGGGCUUGACAAUGCGAUCGCGAGAUGGGAAAAUACAUUUUUGGGAUACGACAGUGCCGCUGGAAUUAACAGAAUCCUCGGAAUUGACUGA